AUGGCAGUGUCGGGCAGUCCUGAUGCUGUUCCAGGAGAAGAAUAUGACUACGAAGCUUUACCGGCAGCGUAUGGCCUUGGUCAUAACAUGCUCGCAGGCGCUUUCGCCGGCAUCGCGGAACACACAGUGAUGUAUCCGGUGGAUCUUAUGAAGACUCGCAUGCAAAUCAUCAAUCCUACGUCUGGUGGCCUCUACACUGGCAUAUCGAACGCCGUCUCCACAAUCUACCGACUCGAAGGCUUACGAACACUAUGGCGGGGAGUUUCUAGUGUCAUUGUGGGCGCAGGACCAGCCCAUGCUGUUUAUUUUGGCACCUACGAGACGGUCAAGGAAUUUGCAGGUGGCAAUGCUGCUGACGGGAAACAUCACCCAUUCGCAGCUGCUGCCUCGGGAGCUGCAGCUACAAUUGCUAGCGACGCCCUGAUGAAUCCAUUUGAUGUCAUCAAACAGCGCAUGCAGGUCCACGGAUCGGUUCACCGCAGCAUCGCCCAAUGCGCAUCUCAAGUUUUCCGUAAUGAAGGUCUGGCAGCAUUCUACGUCUCAUAUCCUACGACGCUAUGUAUGACGGUUCCCUUUACGGCGACACAGUUCAUGGCGUACGAGUCGCUAUCCAAGGUGAUGAAUCCUCGCAAGGAAUACGACCCUAUAACACAUUGCGUGGCUGGUGGCUUGGCCGGAGCAUUUGCGGCUGGCAUUACCACCCCGCUCGACGUGAUCAAGACAUUACUACAGACCCGUGGUUUGAGCCAACAGGCCGAAAUCCGCAAUGUUCGUGGCCUUUUCCACGCUGCGAAGAUCAUCAAGGAUCAAUUUGGCUGGGGUGGUUUCAUGAGAGGCUGGAGGCCCAGAAUCAUCAGUACCAUGCCAAGCACAGCAAUUUGCUGGUCAUCCUAUGAAAUGGCCAAGGCAUAUUUUCGAAGGACUCUUCGUGAGGAGGAGGCUUCUGCACGCGCUCGAGGCUUGUGA